UGUGAUUGUGACAGUGCGCCUUAUCAUUUAUUGAUAAAGGUAUCUAUCUGGAUUCUUGAUUCUUGAAUUAUUCUUCAUAUCUUUCCACGGCCAUAGAUAGUGCCUAGUAUCUUAAAUCGUGUUUGAUUCAUAAUCGUGUUCCACAAUUCACAUCCACUUCUACAUCAUAUGAAUUUAAAUCUUGCUACGUACCCACUACCUACUUUCACUUACCUACGCAUUAAGCAAUAAUUAUAGUAAAUACACAAUUGAAAUACGUUCUGCAAUAUUUUUUUUUUGCUUUUUUUAUUCCUAUCUAUUGCUACUUUUGUUGGCACUUUUUUUAACAUUCAGCACAAAUCCAAAUAACAAAACAUCUUUAAUGAUAUAAGCUUCAAACUAGAAUUCAAACUAGAACAGCUAAAUCAUUCGCAGUGUGAAUUAGCGGCGAGCCAGUAAGUACCUAUAAUCCAAAAACAUUAAGGAGAACAUAAUUCAUUAUGGAACCAUUAAGUCCAUCAAUUAAUAAUUCUGCAAUAAAUUCCAAGUAUGAUUAUAUAUUAAACAGUUCGAGAGUGUUGACAAUUCCACUUGUUAGAUCCGAUGAUCCAGUAGUUAAUAGACCUAUUAAACAAGAAUGUAUUGUAAAGACAGAGUAUAAUGACGAUCAAGUAUUUAAUAAAAUUAUUAAACAGGAAACUAUUGGUGUUACAGACCAUAAUAAUGAUCAGUUAGUCACAGGAUCUAUAUGUAAAACUGAAGAAGAAGUAAACGACAUUUUACCCAAAAUAAAAAUUGAAAAAGAUAUAAUUGAGAGUUUUGAAUUUGAAGGAACAGUGCUCAACGAAAGUCACCCUUCGGAACUCAUUAUUUGUAUGGAUUUGAACAAGAAAUCUAACUUAAUGGAAAAGCCUUUAACAUUCAAUGCGUGUAAUAUUAAAGUUUCAAAAUUGAGAAAAUUGCCAGUUAAUAAGAAAUUUCAAACUGGAGGUAAACACCACAUAUGCAUUAUCUGUGAUAAAUUAUUUAAGACAAAAUCACAUUUGACUAGACACGUAAAGAUUCAUACCAGUAAUAAAAAAGAGCUAUUCAUUUGUGGCAUUUGUAAUAAAUCAUGUCGUAAUAGAUCAUAUUUGAAAAAACACAUACUGUUUCAUAAUGAUCCUAAGCCGUAUAAAUGUGAUAUCUGUGAUAAAAAGUUUUCUUUUAAAUCAUCCUUAACAGAGCAUACAAGAACACAUACUGGAGAAAGGCCUUAUCAAUGUAGUUACUGUGAUAAAAGGUUUGCUACCUCGAAUUCUUUACAAUAUCAUAGAAGAACACAUACUGGGGAAAAACCAUAUCAAUGUGAUUACUGCGAUAAAAGGUUUACUUCAUCGUCAACUUUAUCAUGGCAUAAGAGAAUACAUACUGGAGUAAAGCACUAUAGUUGUGCUACAUGUCGUAAUUCGUAUUCCACAAAAGUCAGAUUAAAAACCCAUAUUAUGAAAUAUCAUACUGGUGAAUUAAUGCAAUAUAAAUGUGAUAUCUGUGAUAAGAGUUUUUAUCGAGAAUAUCAGUUAAAAAGCCACACUAAUAUACAUACAGGUAUAAAGCCAUAUAAAUGUGGUAUCUGUGCUAAAGGAUUUUUUCAUUCAGCAAAUUUAACAGUGCAUUCAUUUAUACACACAGGGGAAAAACGAUAUAUGUGUGGUACUUGUGAUAAAGGAUAUUAUCAAAAAUCAGAAUUAAAAAAACAUAUAAGGACACAUACAGAUGACAGACCAUAUAAAUGUGAUAUCUGUGAUAAACGGUUUUUUAUUGAAGACCAUUUAAUAAAGCAUACUAGAACACAUACUGGUGAAAAGCCAUAUAGAUGUGAUAUCUGUGAUAAAGGUUUUACUCAACAAGGAGCUUUAAAUUAUCACAAAAUUACACAUACUCAAGAAAAGUCAUUUCAAUGUGAUAUCUGUGAUAAAAGGUUUGCUAGAAAAGAUGGUUUAAGAAGGCAUUCAGUGACACAUACUGGCAAAAAGCCAUAUAAAUGUGAUUUCUGUGGUAAAGAGUUUUCUCUUUCACAAUAUUUAAAAGAUCAUACAAGGAUACAUACAGGAGAAAAACCAUAUGAAUGUGGUGUCUGUGCUAAAAGAUUUUAUGCAUUAUCAAAUUUAAUAUCGCAUAGACGGAUACACAGAAAAAAAACGAUGAAAAUGUGAUAUCUGUGAUGAAGAAUGCUGUCCCUUCAUUCGCUGAAUAUCAUACUAAAAAUAUAUACGUUUAGUAGUUCAUGAUUAGUCAAAGGUAGACAUUCUGCUUAUGACACUGCAAGUCGCAAACGCUAAAAAAAAGACAAAAAUACGAAGCAUUGUGGAAAUUAUUAUAAACUUCUCUUAAUUGUUGUAUAAUUCUAUUUUUUUUAAAUCGAAAUAUGUAUUUUAAUAUUAUAGGCAUAUCUGCAUAUUAAAGAAUAUUAAUUUUAUAAGCA